AAAGAGAGGAAUCCACUGUUGAGAUGUACCCAAAGCCGUACACGACUCUACGAUGGGGCUGUGUGUCAGCUGUUUGCAUAGGGAGGCAUUUGUGACAUGUUCCAGAACGAAUGGCUCAAAGGAUUCACCACUGAGGAUCUUCCUAUAAAUAACCCACCAGCUGCAGAAGAAGUUGAAGGGUCAGGACAGCUGAGAGACAGCACGAUCUACCCCAGAGUUCACCCCUCAUGGUUUACACAGGACAAAACGGUCUCCUUAUACCACACUGACCAAGCUCCAAACUCCUCUUUCCAGACUCUUUCCAGGGACCCUCCUCCCAGAGCUCUGCUGUGCGGACAGAAAACAGGCACCAAGGACCAGGAGGACCUAGGAAACACUGUAACAAACCCCAGAAAGGACCUCUCAUUGCCGUGCUACUGGACAUCGUCCCUACAGGUCCCAGGUACCAUGGCUCUACCCAUCGACCCGGCCGAGGAGCCCAGGAUGUACCAGCAGACCCUCCUGCAGGAUGGCCUGUAUGACCUGCUAGAGAACGACAAGCUGGUGGACUGUGUUCUGAAGAUCAAGGACAAGGAGUUCCCCUGCCACCGCCUGGUGCUUUGUGCCUGCUCCUCUUUCUUCAGGGCACUGUUCCUGUCAGACCUGGAGGAGGAGAAGAAGAGAGAGGUUGUGUUGGAGGACGUGGAGCCGGGAGUGAUGGGGCUGAUCCUCAAGUAUCUCUACACCUCCACCAUUAAUGUCACAGAGCAGAAUGUUCAGGACAUUUUCACAGUGGCCAAUCUGUUCCAGAUUCCAUCCAUCUUCACUGUGUGCGUCUCUUUCCUCCAGAAGAGGUUGAGUCUGAGUAACUGUCUGGCCAUCUUCCGUCUCGGUCUGAUGCUAGACUGUCCACGUCUUGCUGUCUCCGCACGCAACUACGCCUGUGAACGCUUCACGCUCAUUGCGCGUGACGCCGACUUCCUCACACUGGGGCCCAGCGAGCUGGCUGCUAUCCUGACGUCAGACACACUGAAUGUGGAAAAAGAGGAGGAGGUUUUUGAGGCGGUGGAGAAGUGGGUUGGUCAGGAUGUUGAGAAAAGGCUGAAAGACCUACCUGAUCUGAUGGACUGUGUCAGACUCCGGCUGGUUAACAAGGAGUACUUUACUGAGAUGGUGGAGAAGCAUGAGUGGAUCCGCUCCAACCCUGAGAUGGAAAGCAGAGUGCAAAUGGUCAGAGACGCUCAUGCUGGGAAACUCCCUGACCUGCCUCCUAUGAAAUCCAAGAAGAAGAAAAAGACAGAGAAGGGAGAAAUGGAGAAAGAGGGGGAAGAAGAGGAAGAAAAGGAAGAGGAGGGAGAGGAGGAAGAGGAGGCGGCUCUGCUCCCAGGAAUCCUGAAUGACAACCUGCGUUUUGGGAUGUUCCUUAGGGAUCUCCUGUUCAUGGUCAGUGACACUGGGGCCGUAGCUUACGACCCCACAGGGAAUGACUGCUAUGUAGCGUCACUGUCCACUCAGGUACCCAAGAACCACGCCAGCUUGGUCACCAAAGAGAACCAAAUCUUUGUUGCCGGAGGACUGUUCUACAAUGAGCUGAAUGAGGAGGAACCUCUCAGCUCUUACUUUUUACAGUAUGACCCGGUGAGCGCUGAUUGGCUGGGAAUGCCCCCAAUCCCCUCCCCUCGCUUCCUGUUUGGUUUGGCUGAGGCAGAAAACAAUAUCUUCGUGGUGGGGGGCAAGGAGUUGAAAGAGCAGGACACAACGCUAGACUCUGUACUGAUGUACAACAGACAGACAUUUAAAUGGACGGACUCAGACCCACUCCCCUACCCAGUCUAUGGCCAUGCAACAAUCUCUCAUGAUAGACUCAUCUACGCCAUCGGAGGAAAGUCGACUAGCAAGGAGGUGCUCAACAGGAUGUGUGUGUACGACGCACAGAGCUCUGAAUGGAGUGAGUUGGCUCCUAUGCAAAUGGCCAGAUCUUUAUUUGGAGCCACAGUCCAUAAAGGAAAGAUCUAUGUAGCAGCUGGUGUCACCGAAACUGGACUUACAGGAACCAUUGAGGUCUACAACAUCCAAGCCAACCAGUGGUCAGACUUUGUGGAGUUCCCUCAGGGGCGUAGCUCACUCAGUCUGGCAUCUGUUGGUGGGGGUCUUUACGCAGUUGGAGGCUUUGCGCUGAUGCCCGUCGAAGAUGAGGAGGAACUUCUCCCCAAGGAGAUGAAUGACAUCUGGAGGUAUGAUGAGGAAGAGAGAAAGUGGGUGGGCGUUCUGAGGGAAAUUCAAUACUCCACUGGGGCCACGAUCCUGGGGGUGCGCCUCAACACUCUUCGACUGGCCAAGAUGUAAAGAUGUCCCUUCACUGCACCACCUGCUGGAUGGAGGACCCAUGACACAUCCACUAUUUAAUUCAUUCUGUUAUUUGACCUGAGAGACGUCAAGAGGUUAUAGAUGGGAAAUAGGCCAGCAGUGUGCUGACUUUUUAACCUCUUCCAAUGUUACAACACAUCAAAAGGGCUAUCUAUUGUUUUUUUUGUAAAUUAAUUUAUAAUAUAUACAUUUUAAAUACUUAGUAGUUCACCAGAGCAAACAUAGGCAUUGUUUUUCACCAUGUUUAAUAUUGUGUGAAGAUAAACAAUUGUAUCCAUUGUGGAAUUCAUUCCCAUUAAGUAACAGCAGAUCCGUGCUGAAUGGGUGGGAGACAGAUGACAGCUGAGUUCAAAGGUCGUAGUAUUCUACAAGCUCCACCAGAUGGCACCAAAUACUGUACUAUUAAUAUGCAAGUGAUCUCAAUAGACUUGUAAAUUGUGGUUUUGGAAGAAAAAUAUCCAUUGUUUUGAGCUAUAGAGAAAUUAAAUAUUAAGAACUGUGCAACA